AUGAUUACUAUGGAUAGUAGUCUUAUUCCACCUACAUCACUCAUAAGUAGUUAUUACAACAGCGCCAAUAUUGUUCCAUCUCAGAAUUCACAACUGGUCGAUGAAUUUGGACAAUGUGGUGGAUUACAGUACGAGGGACCUAGAACAUGCAAACAGGGUCUAGUAUGUUUCAAACGAAGUAAAUAUUAUUCACAGUGUAUCGGAAAAGAAGUAGCUGCUAUUGCGGCCAUUCCUAUUCAAUACAUCGCAUUAGGUGGACGUUGUGGAGCAGGAAAAGACGCACGAAGUCCAUUUUUAUGUGCAGUUGGAACGUAUUGCUUCAUUCAAAAUGAAAAUUAUGGUGAAUGUCGAACAAGUUGUCCAUUAAACUGGUUUUGUCAAAAACAAACAUUACCUGAAUGGGCACCUUGCGGAGGGGAAACCUACAUUGGUCUCACGAAAUGUAAGGAAGGUUUACAAUGUUAUUCUCAUUCAAAAUGGUAUUCUGAAUGUCGUUCUGAAUGUCCAGAAGGAUGGAAAUGUUAA